AAAUGUCAAUAUGGUACUUUCUGCCGGCGUAGAACCGGUGCCGAGUCAUCAUCUCACAAUUACUUCUUCUCUAACGGCAACCAAAAACAAAAAAAGGUCGAGAGCGAAAUCGGAUCGGAGCUCUCUUUUCUCUCGCGCUCUCUCUCUCUCUGGGUGUUGGUGGGGAUUCGAAAUUCAGAUGGCGGACGAGCUGGAGUUGUCGCCGUUAGUUCCGCCGUCGCCGAUGGUGGAUCCUUCCGAGAUCGAUCUCGAAGCGGGACAUGGCGAGCAAACUCAGUGCCGAAUCUGCCUUGAGACUGAUGGUAGGGAUUUCAUUGCCCCUUGCAAAUGCAAAGGAACUUCAAAGUAUGUUCAUCGUGAUUGCUUGGAUCACUGGCGAGCUAUAAAGGAAGGCUUUGCGUUUGCACACUGCACUACUUGCAAGGCUCCCUAUUAUCUCAGAGUUCAUGGCGCUGGUGAUACGAAAUGGAGGACACUGAAGUUUCGCUUCUUUGUUACUCGUGACAUUUUAUCCAUCUUUCUUGCUGUUCAGCUUGUAAUUGCUGCAUUGGCCUACAUGGUCUAUUUCAUAGAUAGUUACCAGCAAUCAUGGCUUCGUCAUAUUUGGGGUUUUGACAGUGAAGUCACCUUUUACUACAUGUGUGGAGCUUUAUUAUUCUUUGCUCUGUUGGGUCUAUCUGGAUGCUUCAUAACUUGCUACGACCGCAGAGUUCGCAAUGACUUAGCUCAGCCUUGCCGUGAAUUGUGUCUCUGCUGCUGUCAACCUGGUAUAUGCGCAGACUGCCAUCUACCAGGAACUAUUUGCAUGUGGGCAGAUUGCACCGCAUGUACCGAAGGAUGUGCAAGUGCAGUUAGUGAAUGUGGUGGCUGCCUUGGAGGUGCAGGGGAAGCUGGAUUGCCAUUGAUCUUCAUAAUGGCAUUAGUAGUUCUCGGUUUAUUUACGGUCAUAGGUAUAUUCUACAGCGUAUUGGUUGCAACCAUGGUUGGUCAACGUAUUUGGCAGCGCCAUUACCACAUUCUCGCCAAAAGAAUGUUAACAAAGGAGUAUGUGGUUGAGGAUGUAGAUGGGGAAAUGACGGGAUCUGAUUGGUCGCCACCGGUUUUACCGUCUGAGCAUGUCCAACAGCUGAAGACGCUUGGCCUGCUAUGAAAGCCAUUAUAGCUUUGUUGUCAUAGAUGUUUCAACUGCUCACAGGGAAAUUUAUCUGACCAAGUGGUGAGAGAGAACUCAGAUUAGAAAGAUUAUGAAUGUUAAAAGUUAAUAGAUGCGUCUUGUUUGUAAAGAAAGGCUCGAAAUUUAGAGUCAGAGACCUCUCCCGUUGACGAAUUGAACUUUUGAGUUGCAUGUUUGCUCCUAAUGUUUUCUAUAUAGGUAAAUAGUAACAUACAUGUGUUGUUUUUUCUUGGGAUUA